GAGAGAGAGAGAGAGAGAGAGAGCUCUGCAAAACCACCUUUCACUCCAAAUCGAUUAUUCCAGACCUCUACAAAACCGCUUUUCUCCCUCCAAUGAGCUUCCAGCUUCCAUGUAUUGCUAAAAGAAGACCGCUUUCUGAGCUCUGAACAAAACCGGCUUUUCUCUGACUCCGGUUUUGAAAAUUUCGAAUAAAAGACGUCUCUUUCAUUUCGUUUCAUUGUCAUUUUCAUUUGUAUUUCGUUUUCAUUUCAUUUUUAAAAAUCUUCUUCCUUCUUCGCCUUCUUCUUCCCUUGAAUGUUUCAAAGAGGAGAAAGAAAAAGUAAAAGCUUGUAAGAGAUCUCUCGAUUUCAAUAGGGUUAGGGUUUUGGAAAGGAGAAAAGCGAAGAGAUGCAGAUAAAAGGCAGAGUUUGGAAGCUUCGAUCCCGUGAGGCCCGUGAAAAUGCCUCAAAAUCAGCAGAUUUCCGCUUUCCUAACCCGAUCUCCAGAUCAACGGGUGGAUUUUGCCGAGAAAACGAUCCCAGAUCACGGGAAGAAGCAUUGUAGAGUUCGAUUUAAUGUGGAAAGUGACAGGGGAGCGUCUCCGAUUGUGACAGAGGCCUCGAUUGGGCAGAAUCUGAUCGGAUCGGAUCCUUUCACGAGCCGUCCUUUCCAGAUAUGGAACAAGGUUGGAUCUUUUGGUGAUCGGAAGCUGAACCACGCUGUUUAUCUUCGGUUGAGGGGCAGUGAUGAAGGCCCGGGGGUUUCGGUUGGGACGGAUAUGAUUGACGCCCAGGAUCGUGCUCCGGGCCGUCAGUCCUCGUUGCAGAGGUUGUCCAGCGGGAGCAGUUAUGCUGGGAGCCUGUUUUCAAUGGUGGAUGGGAGUUCAUUGACUGAUGCAAAGGAUUCAGCACCUUGGAAGGGGUUACAGGGGGAGGGAGGAUCGAGAGAGGAAGGGAGUAGGGAGAAUUGGGUGCAGAGGAUGAGAGAGAGCUACUGUUUACAGCUCACUCUUGCAGUUCGCCUCGCAUCACAGGCUUCUCUGGCAGAAGAGAUGCAUCUUUUGCAGGACGGCGUGCCGGAGAUUUGCGGCAUUUCUUCCGAUGCCGAGAAGGUGUCAUACCGCCUUUGGGUUAAUGGAUGCUUGUCAUAUUCUGACAAGAUAUCUGAUGGGUUCUAUAAUAUUCUGGGAAUGAGUCCAUAUUUAUGGGUGAUGUGCAAUGAAUUGGAGGAAGGAAGACAACUACCUUCUUUAGCAGCACUUAGAGCAGUUGAUCCCAGCGAUUCACAGAUGGAGGUGGUCCUUUUUGAUAAACGUGAAGACAUAUGCCUUAAAGAGCUUGAAGAUAAAGCACUAGAACUUUACUAUGGUUUGGGGAAUACAUUGAAGUUAGUGGAGAAACUCGGCCAGCUUGUUUCUAACUUCAUGGGGGGUGCCUUUCAGAUGCAGCAGGGUGAUCUGUACAUCCAGUGGAAAUUAUGUAGCAAAAAAUUGAGAGAUUGUCAUCAAUGCAUUGUGCUCCCUGUUGGUAGCCUAUCCAUGGGACUUUGCAGGCAUCGGGCUAUUCUUUUCAAGAAGUUGGCUGACUACAUUGGCUUGCCAUGUCGGAUAGCUCAAGGCUGCAAGUACUGCACAUCAGAAUAUCCCUCAUCAUGUCUUGUCAAAAUUGGAGAUGACAGGCAGUCAUUGAGGGAGUAUGUAGUUGAUUUGGUUGGGGAGCCAGGGAAUGUCCAUUAUCCAGAUUCCUUAGUAAAUGGUACAAUGCUUUCAUCAAUACCUUCACCCUUCCAAAUCUCACUUCUAAAAGGUUGCGAAGAGUCUUAUAGUGAUGAUGCAUCAUGGAAUCAUACACUUGACCCAGAGCAUGCAGGCAUUUUCCUCGUGGAUCCUCAAACUUCAGGUAAAGAGGAAACUCAAAAAAUUGAAACAAACAGCCUUUCCCCAGGGGUUGUUAAUGCAAAUUGUCUCCUUUUAACAAGUGAUAACGAUGGAGAGAAAUCUGGCGAAUUCUUGAGAAAAGAAUUCCAGCCUGUUCAGGAUGUUGAAUUGCAAGAAAAUGUAAAGGUUGCUGUUUACUAUCCGACUGUUAAAGAACUCGAAAUAAAGGAAGUGUCAGUGAUGCCUCUGGAGCCUGAAGAUGAUAGGACUCGCUGCAGUCAAAGCAAGAAAUUGGUAUCUGAUCAAGAUAGUGUAUCAAAAGAUCUGGAUGCUGUUGCAGGCAUCUCCAUAGAUGGACAUUACAGGGUUGGCGAGAACAAAAGUCUCAUUAAAGAAUCUUACAUGGAGGGCUUGGUUUCAUACCACACUCUAAUUACAAACAAUAGGGCCAAUCAAACUAAGAUAGAAGUAUCUGAUGAAAUAAAGCUGAGGGAGGCUGAGAAUAGAAGGGGCUUUGCUAAUGUCACCUUGCCACAUUAUGUGAAUCUUGAACCUUCUCUUGCUAUGGACUGGCUCGAGAUAUCAUGGGAUGAAUUGCAUGUCAAAGAGCGGAUUGGUGCUGGUUCAUUUGGGACAGUGCACCUUGCUGAAUGGCAUGGAUCGGAUGUUGCCGUUAAGGUUCUUACAGAUCAGGACUUUCAUGAGGAUCAACUGAAGGACUUUCUAAGGGAGGUUGCGAUAAUGAAACGUGUACGCCAUCCAAAUGUUGUUCUCUUUAUGGGUGCUGUUACAAAGCCUCCUCAUCUUUCAAUUGUGACAGAGUACCUACCGAGGGGUAGCCUUUACCGACUCAUACAUAGAGCAGCAGCAGGAGACAUCUUGGAUAAAAGGAGGAGGUUACGAAUGGCACUUGAUGUGGCCAAGGGCAUCAAUUAUCUCCAUUGCCUUAGCCCUCCUAUAGUUCACUGGGAUCUCAAAUCUCCUAAUUUGUUGGUAGACAAGAACUGGGCCGUGAAGGUAUGUGAUUUUGGGUUGUCCCGAUUCAAGGCAAACACUUUCAUAUCAUCAAAAUCUGUUGCUGGAACGCCUGAGUGGAUGGCUCCUGAAUUCUUGCGUGGGGAGCCCACAAAUGAAAAGUCUGAUGUGUACAGCUUUGGGGUGAUCUUAUGGGAGCUUGUGACAAUGCAACAGCCUUGGAGUGGACUUAGCCAUGCACAGGUAGUCGGAGCUGUUGCUUUCCAGAACAGAAGGCUUGCGAUCCCACCAAAUACCAGCCCUGUAUUGGUUGCCCUCAUGGAGGCUUGUUGGGCUGAUGACCCCAAACAGCGUCCAUCUUUCGGAAGCAUUGUAGAAUCACUGAAGAAGUUUCUGAAGACCCCUCACCAGUUGAUACAGAUGGGGAACCCAUAGAUGAAGGCCCACUUGAAGAAACCCGUCAACCCUCUAUUGUUAUAAUGCUUCUAUUUUUACCUCGUGUCAAUUCUAAUGGUUAUAUUGACUGUUCCCUCCUUGAGUGCUGAUGGCCAUCAUUAUUUUUUGUCUUCGUGUUCAGCAAUUGGUGUUUGAGCCAAACACCAGUCAUGGUUUGAACCAGCUGCUAUCAAGAUGAAGGCAGAUCACAGCGCUCUCCCAGAUCCAGAAAUGUAAAUGCAGAUUGCAGAGAGGUGUUUAAUUUAAAUCUGGGAUGAUCUUUCAAUGGAGAAAUAAGAUAUGUCGUUGCAAUCAGUGAAGCACUUAGCUAACCGUCUUGUAUCGGAUUUGGAUGUAAGAAUUCUUAUUCAUUUGGUUCUAUAAAUGUAGUAUUUUUCCCCUCCAA